UAGAUUAGCACAGUGCAGGCGCAGAAUGUUGAAGUGGAAACGGCGCUUUUUGAAUACUUCUCAUAGAAUCUAUUUCUUUUCAUGUUCAAUCAACGGUCACACUGUAAGCCUAAGCCAGAUAUAAACAUUCGCACGCGAUUUUAAUUCCAUUUAAAGAACAUGGCUCAAGAAAAUCAAGCUGUCGACAAUGGACUGCCCUGCAACGCUUACCUGGACACAAGCCUGCGAGAGGACGAAAACAUGCAACACAUCCUGAAAACCUUUUACAGCAGCAUCGAACUCCUGGAAGCCGACACGGAGAAGGCACUGGCGCUACAGGCAGAACGCACAUUGAACACAAAUGAACAAAUAAAAUUGGAUAGCUACCUUGUGUACUUGAACAGCACACUGUUUUUCAUAUACCUGAAACUGCAGGGUGAAGAUGCCUCAAAUCAUGCUGUGAUGCACGAUUUGCGUCGUACAAGGGACCUACUUGCCCGCGAUAAGAAAAUAAACGAUGCUCUAGCGGCGCCAAGACUGGAUAUGCCCGCUGCCAAGCGAUUUAUCGCAGCUGGAACCCACACACGAUUUGUGGACAUGAACGGAGUUAUGGUCUCCGAAAAACAAUAUAAUAAAAGCAAGCAAGAAACUCCCAAAUAAUUAAAAUCACAAAGUGUUGAUUCUAUAGUAUAGCAGCCUAAAAGGAUCAUUUGCCUUUGUUUCGUCGUUACGCUAGACAAUGACAGUUGUAUUAAAAAAUGUAUAGAAAACACGAUAUUUUCUUACUGAACCAUCCAAAACACAAGCGUCACAAGCAAUCGACUCAUCAAAGAAGUCAAGUUAGUACACCUUAAUGAAACUGGGUUUACAAACUGAAACUGUUUGUUUUUUAAAUGAAUAUCAACAACGUUCUGUAUAUGAAUAAACUAAUCUAGGUAAAAAUGAAAACGAAGAAAAAUGAAAUCAGAAUUAUUUGUAUGAAUAUGGCAGCAUUCUGCCAUUUAUUCUGGGCUUCCUAGAUUCCAAGACCGCGUCGUAACAACGUCUUCCCCCAAUGUUUAUCGCCAAUUUUUUGUGCAUGCAGGACAAAAAUGAUUAUAUGUACCUUUUCGACGACAAUUCCUUCCUGUGGAUAAGGCCAGUUGGAGAGGCACAACUUUCCGAGGUGCUGGACCCUUCGCCCUUUCGAAGACUACAGCAAAUCUGCGAGGCGUCCCACCCGCAGGAUUCCUCGCCUUUAUUGUAUAAAAAGCUCCUGCGUACCGUUCGUUCGUCUAGCUCCUUGCCCCAUCCUUUGUCAUGCCCU